GUUAGCAGCAAAUGCCUUCUGGUCCUGAGACGUGAGGGGCACCUGUGUCAGCCCGAGACCCGCUGGAAGCUGACAAUUGCCCUGUUGUGUUUCCACAGUGUUGGGAGUCCAGUUACAUCUGUACCAGCCUCAGCGGUUCCUGUUUGUGGAAGUCGGUGGGACAGCAGAGAUCCACUGCUCCUCCAGGGAAGAUAUGGAAGGGAGACAGUAUGUACUGUGGUAUGUGAGAAGAGUGGGUAAGGCUCCCACGUGCAUUAAGGACUGUGUGGACGAUAAAAAUGUGAGCAAAUUUUCUUGCAAGCAUCAGACUCGCAGCACAUCACUGAUAAUCAGGGACAGCGAAAGGAAUGAGUCUGGCAUUUAUUACUGUGCAUAUGACCUUGGCAGCUCAUGGACUUUUGGGAACGGAACCACGGUGAUCGUUGGAGACAGCUUCACCCACAGCAGCUCCAUGCCGCUUCUGGCCCCUGUUACAGGGCAGAAUGGAGCCACGGAGCCUGCACAUCUGGCCUGUGUGAUCCAGGGUAUCUCCAACCUCGUCUGGGUGUCCUGGCACGUUCCCGGAGAGGAGCCAGCCCAGGGUCUGCCACGCUUGUUGGAAGCCCAUGAUGGGUCCUUAACACUCAUCCAUGGCAUCAGCAUCCCCUGGGCCAGCUGGGCCAGUGGGGCAGCCGUCAUCUGCCAGGUCACAUUCAACUCAUCUGGCAGCAGCGUUACCAGACGUGCCACAUAUAAACUUGCAGCUCGCUCCGCACCCUGCGUCAUGCUCCCUGUCGUGGCAGUGGGCAGUGCCCUGCUGCUGGUCACGGUGCCUGAGUCUCAUCUGGAUCCACUGCCCUCCCAGAUGGGGAUCCCAGCCCAGGAAGCCAGCACCUUGCAUCUCCCAGGGAAAUCAGGACGGACUCAUAUACGUGGACCUGGAGUUAGACCUGCUGACUAACCGCAAGCCCAGAAAGCCGCAGGCAGCACGAGUGAAGAACGUGAUGCCAUGAAGGUCACAUCCACGGGCUCCUUCAUGCAGGGAUGGCGGCCGCUUCUCUGCUGAUCGAUGUGAGUCACGCCAGCCGCCAAGAAGCCUCUGCAGGGGGACACGCUCUCUCCUUGUGGGCGUUCAGACUGGCCAGGUAGAAGACCCCAAAGAUGAGCGUGGCUGGGGAGGACAUCGUUUUCCAUCAUUGUUGCAAAGACUUCCCCAUAACACUGGGUGGAACAUUUCCCCCCAUCAUGGGACACUUCAACAGAAACCUAAGUUUAACUUUUUUCCACCCUGAAAUUCGUGGCUGCACACGUCCCCUGUGGAGGGACCUCAGGUGGACUCUUGAGCUGUACGGCUAUCAGAGAACAAGAGACAAUCCCCAGGGAGCUGGGCCUGUGUCCAGCCCACAAUCGGACGAGAACCUGUGCUGCAGUAUCUGUGCUGCGCUCCCACAUGAGCUGGGAGGAUGCUGCGCUGCGGGUUUAGCACAUGCCAGCUACCAGGCUUUGAAUGCUCAUCUCAGUGCCUGUUCCUUGCUGUUGUUACCUGUGCUAACAAGCUUCAUCUACUCCAUGCUACCGUCCCCCUGCCCUUGGCUGUGUGAACAAGCCUUGUCUUUCAACCUUCUGACCAAAAAAUAAAACAUCCCAUGUUU